GCCACAUUAGGUGCAGACUCUCACGCUUGGCUAAAUUGAGGACGCAAACGCGAGCUCACGGGACAUAAAUGAGAUAGCAAAACACUAAGGACAACGUAGGAUGGAUCCUAACCGGAUAAUGCAGGCUCUCAAAGGGACUAUCGACCCUAAUCUGAGAAUAGCAGCGGAAAAUGAACUCAAUCAGUCUUACAAGAUCAUCAACUUUGCACCAACCCUGCUUCAGAUCAUUGUAUCAGAGCAGGUAGAGUUUCCUGUUCGCCAUGCAGCAGCCAUCUACCUGAAGAACAUGGUGAGUCAGUACUGGCAGGACAGGGAGCCAUCUCUCGGGGAAGUCAUCUUUCCCUUCAAUAUCCACGAGAAUGACCGGCAGCAGAUCAGAGAUCACAUAGUGGAGGGCAUCAUCCGCUGUCCAGAGUCCAUACGUGCCCAGCUGACUAUGUGUUUGCGAGCCAUCAUCAAGCAUGACUUCCCCGGCCGCUGGACAGCCAUUGUGGACAAGAUUGGCAUGAACCUGCAGUCUCUGAGCAGCGGCAGUUGGUAUGGCAGCCUGCUGGCUCUCUACCAACUGGUCAAAACCUAUGAGUACAGAAAGGCUGAUGAGAGGGAGCCUUUGCUAGCAGCCAUGCAAAUCUUUCUGCCGAGGAUCCAGCUGCUCAUCAGCCAACUGCUGUCUGAUGCCACCAUCUUCUCUGUCCUCAUCCAGAAGCAGAUACUCAAGAUAUUCCAUGCUCUUGUACAGUAUUCGUUGCCUCUCCAGCUGAUAAACAACACGGUGAUGACUCAGUGGAUGGAAAUCCUCAGAGCCAUAAUGGACCGAGACGUCCCUGCUGAGACUUUGGAGGUUGAUGAGGAUGACCGUCCUGAACUGGCAUGGUGGAAGUGCAAGAAGUGGUCGUUGCGCAUCAUCACCAGACUGUUUGAGCGUUAUGGAAGUCCUGGCAAUGUGACAAAAGAGUACAGCGAGUUUGCUGACUUUUUUCUAAAGACAUAUGCAGUUGGCAUACAACAGGUUCUGCUGAAAGUGGUUGACCAGCACCGACAGAAGCAGUACAUUACUCCUCGUGUCCUGCAGCAAUGUCUCAACUACCUCAACCAGGGCCUGUCACACUCCCUGACCUGGAAACAGAUGAAGCCACACAUGCAGACCAUAUGCCAAGAGGUAAUCUUCCCUCUGAUGUGUUACAAAGAUGAGGAUGAGAAGCUCUGGCAGGAAGACCCCUAUGAGUACAUCCGCAUGAAGUUCAACCUAUAUGAUGACAAUGCCCUCCCAGCUACCGCUGCUCAGAGCCUCUUGUGUAAAGCUGCCCGCAAACGUAAGGAGGUUCUUCCUCAGAUGAUGGAGUUCUGCCACCAGAUACUGAUGGACCCCUCUGCAAACCCCCGCAGUAAGGAUGGAGCACUGCACUGCAUCGGUGCUCUGGCUGAGCUUAUACUGAGGAAGCGAAUGUACAGGGAGAAGAUGGAGCUGAUACUACAAAACUAUGUUUUUCCUUUGCUCAAUUCUCCCAUGGGUUACCUGCGAGCCAGAUCAUGCUGGGUGCUCCACUCUUUCAGCCCACUAUGUUUCCAGGAUGAGCUGGUUCUGAGGAAUGCUGUUGAGUUAGUAAAACAGGAUCUGAUCAACGACAAAGAGAUGCCGGUCAAGGUGGAGGCUGCCAUUGCUCUGCAGACAUUGGUCAGCAACCAGGAGCAAGCCAAGCUCUACAUCAGGCCAUACAUCCAGCCAGUCAUGCAGGCGAUGCUGCAUGUGGUGAAAGAGACAGAGAAUGACGACUUGACUAAUGUCAUUCAGAAGAUGAUCUGUGAGUACAACCAGGAGGUUGCGGCCAUUGCUGUGGAUAUGACACAAAACCUGGCAGAUAUCUUCACCAGGGUUCUUCAGAGUGAGGAGUAUGAGGAGAACGAAGACAAGACUGUCAUGGCCCUUGGCCUCCUUAGCACCAUCGACACCAUACUCACUGUCAUGGAGGACCACAAAGAGAUCACUCAGCAGUUGGAAGGGAUCUGUUUGCAGGUGAUCGGCCUGGUCUUGCAGAAACCCAUCAUAGGUAUGGCAGAGUUCUAUGAGGAGAUCCUCUCUCUGGCAUUUGGCCUUACCUGUCAGACCAUUUCUCCCCAGAUGUGGCAGCUACUUGGCAUCUUGUACGACGUCUUCCAGCAUGACUGCUUCGAUUACUUUACAGAUAUGAUGCCUCUUUUGCACAACUACAUCACUGUGGAUACAGACAUGCUCUUGUCUAACCCAAAACACUUAGAGGUCAUUUACAGCAUGUGCAAAAAGGUGCUGACCAUAGAUGCAGGUGAGGAUGCAGAGUGUCAUGCUGCCAAACUGUUGGAGGUCAUCAUACUGCAGUGCAGAGGCAGAGGCAUCGACCAGUGCAUCCCUCUGUUUGUGGAGGCAGUGCUGGAGCGUUUGAUGAGAGGGGUGAAAUCCAGUGAACUGAGAACCAUGUGCCUUCAGGUGGCCAUCGCUGCUCUUUACUACAAUCCAGUGCUGCUCAUACACACUCUGGACAACAUGCACUUCCCACACAACCCGCAGCCCAUUACUUCACACUUCAUCAACCAGUGGAUGAAUGACACAGAGUUCUUCCUGGGGCUUCAUGACCGGAAGAUAUGUAUCAUCGGCCUGAGUGUGCUGAUGGAGCUGCCCAGCCGACCAGCAGUGCUUGAUGGUGUUGCUGCCCAGAUCAUCCCCUCCAUCCUGCUCCUUUUCCUGGGUCUCAAGCACCUUCACACCUCUCGCCUCAUCAACAAACCAGAUGUGCUGGCCCAAGCAGGGCCCCAAGAUGAAGACCAGAGUGAGGAGAUUCCCAGUGAUGAAGAUGAGGUGAAUGAGAACUGGAAUGCCAUGCAGCAGCAGUCCAGCACAGUGACAGGCCAUGGCAGUGAGGAAGAUGAUGAAGAUGAAUACUGGGAUGAUGACUGCUUUGAGGGUACGCCCCUAGAAGAAUACAGCACACCGCUCGACUACGACAAUGGAGAGGACGAGUAUCAGUUCUUUACCUCCGCACUGCUUGGGGUGCAGAACAGUGAUGCAAUCUGGUACCAGAGUCUGACUGGUCCACUCAGUGAUGACCAGAAGAAACAGCUGCAGGAGAUAUACAGCAUCUCGCAGCAGCGUAGGAGCACUGCCACAAAGAGCCAAUGAGUGCUGAUGAGACAGAUGAACUGCAGAAUCAGUGAAGGGGGCCGAAGAAAGAGAGCAGCUGGUCUGACCGAACUUGAAUUUAAUUUCAGUCUUUUGUGAAUGAUAUCAGUCCAGAUAAGAUAAUGGAUCCAACCAAAACCAGGUUCCAGAUUGCAAUCAGAAUUGGAUGAGUACCAGGGGCUGGAUUAGCAUUAUAGCAGUUUGAGUCCGAGUGCACUGUAUAAAACCACAUCUACUACUGGAAUAUUUCAAUGACCAGAACAGGACGGCUAGUGUGUGUGUGUGUGUG